ACUUUCAGUAGCAGUAGUGCAGCGGUAGCGGUCGAUAUUGUUUUCCCAGAGAGAAGUUUCCUGAACACAAAUAGUCUCUCCACUUCAAGUCGACUACAGAAAUUGUCUUACACACACAAUUUUAGUUUUUAUAGAAAAUUACUACUUUUACCAAGAUGUCUCAUACCAAUAAUUUCAAGAAAAUGUUAACCAUUGCCGUGGUUUUCGGCGUAGCGUUUGCCGCUCCCAAUAAAGACAAAUCUGAACAGAGUAACGAAAUUGUUCAAUCCGGAUCGUUCAUAACGAAAAACGGAGACUCUGUAUCUGCUUCGUGGGGAGGUUUCCACGCAGCUGCUUCUCUGGCUGAUGAUGGCAGUGCUAUGGCUUCCGCCGGCGGCAACGGCCUUGGUGCCAGUACUGGGUACGGUCCAGGAGGCGCCGGAGCUGAAGCCAGUAUCGGAUCCAUCAGCGCUAGCGAAUUUGCGUCGACCGGAAAGCCAAUAAAACCAAGUACCGGAGGAUACGGUAACAGUGGAAAACCUGAAGGGCCAUACUAUUCAGGAGGAGUCGGAACCGGAAUCGGAGGCAACGGCAGUGGUGGUUUAUUCGAUAGGAUUUUUGCCAUUCCCAUCAAUGUAUUACAGUCUGUCAAUACGUAUUUAAACCACAAACAAAUGCAUCAAGGACAACCAGGAGUUGCGGUUCACGGUCAACACCAGAACAACGGUUUUGCCUCUGCCUCUGCGUCUGCUGUAUCUGGCAGUGCCACGUACGGCAACGCUGACAAAGCUCCGGUAGCAGCUGUCGGUUCUGACUAUGGACACGAGUCUGCUGGAGCCUCCGGAAACGGARAAGGCGCUUCGAUGAUGGUACAGACAAAAACAAAUUACGAUGAAAUAUUCAACAUCCCGAUCACGGCAUUGAGGUCCGUCCAGAACCUGUUGAACGGUUAACUCGUCGCAGUUACUGAAUAAUGACGGUGGUGGUUGGAAUGAUGCUAAAGACAACAAUGCAACCACACAUACACACAUAGUCUUAAUCGUUAGAACCUUGUAAUUUGUAAUAUUAUUAUAAUACUGUGUAACGUUUAGUCUACGUGUAGCUUUGUACCGUGUGUACUCACGUACUAUUUUUAUAUUUAUUAUUAUUAUUUUUUUUUUUUUAUAUAUAAGUAUUUGUAUAAUAUAGUAGUGGUGUAUACUACGUGGAGUGAUUUUUUUGAAACUUCAGACUCCUGCAUAUUUCAUAUUACCAGGUGUAUCUUAUUUUAAAUUCAUCACUUCAUAUAG